UGUUUCCUUUUUCCCUUGCGAUUCCACAAAUCACUUUCAAUUUGCAACUCUUCCCAUCGCUUCAUCAACCAAAGAAACUCAACAAUGGCGUCGGGAACCGGAAUGCUCCUGGUCUACAUCUUCGGCUGGGGAAUCGUGUUUGGCACGUUCGUGCACUACUACCACAAGCGCAAGGCGCAGUCGCUGGCGAAGCUCGAGGCCUGGUACCCAACGCACCCGGAGCGCGACAUCUUCUACUCGCUGGUGACACUGCGCAAGUCGUCUCCGGAGCAAGUGACGGAUGCGGUGCUGAAGUCGGCGCUCCUGCGUCGUGCCAUGACGGACAUCAUGCGGGCAGUCGAGAUCCAGACCAACAAGCAGACACUGACGAACCUGGUGAAGUCUGGAGCGAUUUCGGAGGAGCUGCAGCACCAAUUUACGGCGGCUGAGGCGGAGCUGGAGGCAGAGAUGCUGAGCGUGGUGCAGGAGGCCGAGCGGCUGCAGCAGGGGUGGGGGAACGGGAUUUUCCAGGCGGCGUCGGAGAUGGUCAAUAACACGAGGCUCCGGGAGCUGCGCGAGGAGAUGACGCGGCUGAACUUUGAGGCAGCGAACUGCCAGCGCAGCAUCAUGAUGGAGGAGAUGGGCGAGGAGGAGAGGCAGAAGGCGCUGACGCAGGGCACCCCUGAGAACGAGAAGCUGGUCAAGAACGACGUGCUUUUGAGCAGCAUCUUCAAUCUGCCGAUUGGCGAGGCCAUGAAUGCGGCGGCAGCGGCGCAUGCGCGCAAGGUCAAGGCCGAGGAGGAGGAGGAGGCAGCCAAGAAGGCGGCUGGUGAGGCGAAGGCGGAGGAGAGCCCCAAUGAGGCCGAGGCUCCCGCCACUGAGGCAUAGAAUUUGGGUGAUUUG